AAAAACUCCAUGCAUUGUUUCAUUUCGUAACGACAUAAAAAAAACUCAUAUCGCAUACCCUUGAACUGCACACCACAUGUCUUCCCGCUGAAUGGAAGCUUAUCUCGCCUCUCACCGAUUGAGGGAAUAGAGGGAAACGUGAAUGCCUUCAGUACAAGAAAUGAUAGAGCACAGCUGAGGCAUUUGUUGGCCAGUGAUGCUCGUUUCGUGUGAUUAUUGACAUUUUUCUGGCAAAAGAUGGAAGGCUGGCAGCGUGUUUCGCUUAUUUUGUGCAUUUUCGGCUUCCUAAAGGAGUUCCGACCGAGUGAACCGUUCGUGUUUCAGUUUCUGACCGGUCCCUGGCACAACGUUACAGUAGAACAGGUAGUGCAAGAUGUGUUCCCCAUUGGGACGUAUUCGUAUGUGGCUCAGCUGGUGGUGGUGUUUUUGAUUACGGACUACUUUCGCUACAAACCGUUGAUCAUUGUGGCCGGGUUGGCCGGAACCGUGGUGUGGUCCUUGUUCGUGUGGACCAGUUCGCUGGCGGCGCUGCAAGUUCUGGAGGUGUUCUACGGGACUUAUAUGGCUGCGGAGAUUGCGUAUUGGACUUAUAUCUACGCGAAAGUGGACAGGAAGCACUACCAGAAGGUCACCUCGCAUAUCCGGUCGGCUACUCAGGCGGGAAGGUUUCUGGCGGCAACAACUUCACAGACGGUUAUCUACUUCGGUAUCACGGACUAUCUGGGACUGAAUUACAUUUCAUUAGGAGCUCAACUCGCCACUACGGUAUGGGCCUUUCUACUGCCUUCAGUCCCGGCAAGUAUGUACUUCCAUCAUCGGGAACCUCCACCGGACGAGGAAAUCGAACUCAAAUCAGGAAAUUCCGCACCCACUGUUCCCGAAACAACCUGCAGUCGAGCAACAAAACUCCUAUGGAGCCACUUCAAGUCCGCCUACACUUGCUUCACCGUUAUACGAUACAGCUUAUGGUACUCUCUAGCCGUGUGCUUCUACUACCAAAUCACGUCCUACGUACAAGCUCUAUGGUCCGAAAUAGGCGGACCGGACACCGUACUCUGGAACGGAGCAGUGGAAGCCAUACUGACCCUUAUGGGAUCCAUAGUUGCUUUCCUAGCCGGCUUCGUGCCGCAAAGAUUCCUCAAACUGCACACCACCAUCCUAGCCCUCUCGAUGAUCGCCAUCUUGGAAGGCUUCGGGUUGCUCAUGGCAACGAAAACCUCAAAUCUGACCGUGUCCUACGUCGGUUAUACCCUAUUCGGCAUCCUGCAUGCCUUCACCAUCACGCUCGUCAGCUCGGAGAUCGCCAAACACAUCUCCGAUGACAGUUUCGCGCUCAUUUUCGGCAUCAACACCAUGGUGGGAUUGGUGUCGCAAACCAUACUCACCAUAGCCGUGGUGGAUAGCGACGGGUGGUUCGCUUUGGACAUCCGCGGUCAGUUCACCGUGUACAGCUACAGCUUCGUCGCCAUCGGAGUGCUGUUCAUCGUGUUUCUCGCGAUCGAACUCUGUCGCGGGCCAACGAAGGUGAAAUCCAAUUCGUCCAUUAAUAGGGAAUAAGAUCUAAAUAAAUUUCUCCUUAAAGUUGCUCAAAUACAAAUACGGGUUAAGCAGCAAACAACGAA